GGAGGCUGUCAGCUACGGAGGACAAUGAUCUUGCAGACACCACCACCUGAGUGAGAACCAGGGGUCUGUGCCUCUCGUCAUUCCCACUCUUACCCUGGUCAAGCCUGCACCAGCAUGUCAGGAACCUCCAAGGAGAGUCUGGGGCACUGGGGGCUGCCAGGGUUGGGCAAGGCCUGCUUAACCACCAUGGACAAAAAGCUGAACAUGCUGAACGAGAAGGUGGACCAGCUCCUUCACUUCCAAGAAGAUGUCACAGAGAAGUUGCAGAGCAUGUGCCGAGACAUGGGCCACCUGGAGCGGGGCCUGCGCAGGCUGGAGGCCUCCCGGGCACCGGGCCCGGGCGGGGCUGAUGGGGCUCCCCGCGCUGACACCCAGGCCGGGUGGCCCGAGGUCCUGGAGCUGGUGAGGGCCAUGCAGCAGGAUGCGGCCCAGCACAGUGCCAGGCUGGAGGCGGUCUUCAGGAUGGUGGCUGCGGUGGACAGGGCCAUCGCUUUGGUGGGGGCCACAUUCCAGAAAUCGAAGGUGGUGGAUUUCCUCAUGCAAGGGCAUGUCCCCUGGAGGGGAGGCAGCCCAGGUGACAGCCCUGAGGAGAACAAAGAGCGAGUGGAAGAAGAGGGAGCAAAACCAAAGCAUGUGCUGAGUGCCAGUGGGGUGCAGUCUGAUGCCAGGGAGCCUGGGGAAGAGAGCCAGAAGGUGGACGUGCUGGAGGGGACAGUGGAGAGGCUGCCCCCCAUCAGAGCUUCGGGGCUGGGAGCUGACCCCGCCCAGGCAUGGGCCUCACCAGGCCAGGGAGAUGGUGUUUCUGGCCCAUCCCAGGCAUUCCCUGGUCACCUGCCCCUGCCCACAAAGGUGGAAGCCAAGCCUCCUGAGACACCCAGCGAGAGCCUCAGGACUGGCCUGGAAUUGGCUCCAGCACCCGGCAGGGUCAAUGUGGUCUCCCCGAGCCUGGAGGUUGCACCAGGUGCAGGACAAGGAGCAUCAUCCAGCAGGCCUGACCCUGGGCCCUUAGAGGAAGGCACGAGGUUGACUCCAGGGCCUGGCCUCCAGUGCCCAGGGCCUCCAGGGCUGCCAUCCCAGGCCAGGGCAGCCCACAGUGGUGGAGAAACACCUCCAAGGAUCUCCAUCCACAUGCAAGAGAUGGAUACUCCUGGGGAGACGCUGGUGACACGCAGGGGCAGCCUUGGACCCAGCCCCGCCACAGAGGCUCCAGCAGCUGCCCAGCCAGGCGAGCAGGGCCCACCUGGGACUGGGCGCUGCCUCCAAGCUCCUGGGACUGAGUCCAGAGAACAGACCCCUGAAGGAGCCAGAGAGCUCUCCCCACUGCAGGAGAGCAGCAGCCCCAGGGGAGCCAAGUCAGAGGAGGAUCAAAGGGCUGGGGCCGAGCCUAGCACGAGACCAAGCUUGGCCAGGAGGGACGACGAUGACCACGCGGUUGGGGCCCUGGGCCUGCAGCAGGGCAAAGGCCCAGGAGCAGGAAACCCUGAGCCUAAGCAGGAUUGUGCAGCCAGGGCUCCAGCGAGAGCCGAAGCAGUAAGGAGGACGCCCCCAGGCGUUGAGGCUGGCAGCGUGGUUCUGGAUGACUGUCCGGCCCCGCCAGCUCCUUUUGAACACCGGGUAGUGAGCGUCAAGGAGACCUCCAUCUCGGCGGAUUACGAGGUGUGCCAGCACGAAGUCUUGGGAGGGGGCCGGUUUGGCCAGGUCCACAGGUGCACAGAGAAGUCCACAGGCCUCCCACUGGCUGCCAAGAUCAUCAAAGUGAAGAGCGCCAAGGACCGGGAGGAUGUGAAGAACGAGAUCAACAUCAUGAACCAGCUCAGCCAUGUGAACCUGAUCCAGCUCUAUGAUGCCUUCGAGAGCAAGCACAGCUGCACCCUGGUCAUGGAGUACGUGGACGGGGGUGAGCUCUUCGACCGGAUCACAGAUGAGAAGUACCACCUGACCGAACUGGAUGUGGUCCUGUUCACCAGGCAGAUCUGUGAGGGCGUGCAUUACCUGCACCAGCACUACAUCCUGCACCUGGACCUCAAGCCGGAGAACAUAUUGUGUGUCAAUCAGACAGGACAUCAAAUUAAGAUCAUCGACUUCGGGCUGGCCAGAAGAUACAAGCCUCGAGAGAAGCUGAAGGUGAACUUCGGCACGCCCGAGUUCCUGGCCCCAGAAGUCGUCAACUAUGAGUUUGUCUCAUUCCCCACGGACAUGUGGAGUGUGGGAGUCAUCACCUAUAUGCUACUCAGUGGCUUGUCCCCAUUUCUAGGGGAAACAGAUGCAGAGACCAUGAAUUUCAUUGUAAACUGUAGCUGGGAUUUUGAUGCUGACACCUUUGAAGGGCUCUCGGAGGAGGCCAAGGACUUUGUUUCCCAGUUGCUGGUCAAAGAGAAGAGCUGCAGAAUGAGUGCCACACAGUGCCUGAAACACGAGUGGCUGAGUAAUUUGCCUGCCAAAGCUUCAAGAUCCAAAGCUCGUCUCAAAUCCCAACUACUGCUGCAGAAAUACAUAGCUCAAAGAAAAUGGAAGAAACAUUUCUACGUGGUGACUGCUGCCAACAGGUUAAGGAAAUUUCCAACUUCUCCCUAACCUUCAACUCUGCUGCUCCAGUGGGUCCAGAAUUUACUGAGGCCAGUGGUGAAGUGAAGAGAUGACUCAAAAAUUUAAAUAAUUUGGCUUUUUGGUAUUAUUGAUUCCACUUAUUUUGUAAAAAUGGUUAUGGCUGCUGCCUUCCUUGUGGAUGAAAAGUGGCUGUAAAGAAGCUUCCUAAGAACGUUUUUUUCUGC